GCCUUUUUAUGUUGGAUGCUCCUGUAUCCGGAGGUAUUCUAUCAGCUGAAAAUGGAUCACUCACUUUUAUGGUUGGCGGCUCAGAGGAAGCCUAUAGGCUUGCAAAACCUUUGUUUCUCUCGAUGGGCAAAAACUUCAUAUACUGUGGUGGUCCCGGAAAUGGCUCGACAGCAAAGAUUUGCAACAAUUUGGCUAUGGCCGUGAGUAUGCUUGGGGUCUCGGAAGCCUUUGCACUCGGGCAGUCUUUGGGCAUUACAGCCACUACUUUGACCAAGAUAUUUAACUCUUCAAGUGCUCGAUGUUGGAGCAGUGAUACUUAUAAUCCGGUGCCUGGAGUGAUGAAUGGUGUGCCAGCAUCUAGGGAUUAUUACGGCGGAUUUGCCACUAAUUUAAUGGCUAAAGAUCUGAACCUUGCAGCGGCUUCAGCUAAAAGGGUCGGAGCCAAAAGCCCAAUGACCUUUUUAGCCGACGAGAUAUUUUCUGAACUUUGCAAUGAAGGUCUUGGAGCGAAGGACUUCUCGUGCGUUUUCCGGCAUUAUUUUUCAGGCAAGGAUGAACUGUAA